UGUCUAGUGGAGGAAAACAAGAUUUUAAUUAUCAUGUCUGAAGUGGAAUCUCAUGUUUUUCUUCCCAUUGUAUUACUCAAUUUCUUCAUUCUCAUAACAGGUAGGCUUGUUUGUGGAGACUCAAUUGAGACAGACAAGCAGUUGCUGCUGAACUUGAAGUCAUUUCUUAAGGAACAAAAUCCUGUUGACAAAGGAUUCAAAUAUAACCAUUGGAAUCCUACAGAUUUGUCACCCUGUAGAUGGCCUGGAAUAUCAUGCACUACUUCCAUCAAUCGUGUCACUGGAAUCGAUCUCUCGGAAAGUAAUCUGGCUGGGAAGUUGUUUAAUAACUUCUCAGCCAUGACAGAAUUGAACUCUCUUGACUUGUCCAAGAACACAUUUUCAGAGUCCAUUCCAUCAGACUUAGGCUGGUGUAGAAAUCUGAAGUUCUUGAACUUGUCACACAAUAUCAUUGUUGGUGAGCUCAACUUGACAGGCCUGAACAAGCUGGAAGUUCUUGAUUUGACAAUGAACAGGAUUCACGGGCUAACGAUCCCUGAGAUUUGUGAUAACUUAGCUGUUGCAAAUAUUUCUAACAACAAUUUCACUAGUGAGAGUGGAUUUGAAUUUUCUCACUGCAAGAAACUGAAGUAUCUUGAUCUAAGCUACAAUUAUUUGACAGGGAAUCUGUCGUUCGGGCUUGAUAUGUUGAAUAUGUUUUCAGCAUCUCAUAACAACUUAAGUGGCUCUCUGCCUUCCUGGAUUUUCACUCAAAACUGCUCUUUGCAAGGUUUGGACUUAUCAGAAAAUAGGUUCUUUGGUGAAUUGCCUACGUCUAUCGCGAAUUGUAAACGAUUAGUAGAGUUGAAUUUGUGGGGAAAUAGCUUUUCAGGGUCAAUCCCUAGAGAGAUUGGAUCAGUACAUAGUCUUAAAGAACUUUGCUUGGGAAGUAACAACUUUUCAAGUGAUGUUCCAGACACUCUAUCAGGCCUAAACAAAUUGGUAUUUCUGGACCUAAGUAGAAACAACUUUGGAGGAGAAAUACAAGAAAUUUUCGGGCAACUGACACAGGUAAGAUUUCUCGUGCUGCACGGGAACUCAUAUACUGGAGGCAUAGUCUCAUCAGGAAUUCCAAACUUGGUGAACCUUUCGCGGUUGGACUUAAGUGAUAACCACUUCUCUGGUCCAUUACCAGUUGAAAUUUCUGAGAUGAAAGGUUUGGAGUUUUUGAUUCUUGCACAUAACCAGUUUAGUGGCAAUAUACCUUCAGAAUAUGGAGAUCUUACAGCACUUCAGGCUGUUGAUCUUUCCUCUAAUAGGAUCAAUGGUUCUAUACCACCAAGUUUCGGGAAGCUAAGGUCACUAUUGUGGUUGAUGCUUGCAAACAAUUCAUUGAGUGGUGAAAUCCCAUCAGAGUUGGGGAACUGCAGCAGCUUGUUAUGGUUGAAUCUCGCGAAUAAUCAACUUACUGGUCCAAUUCCUCCUCAAUUAGCGAGUAUUAGUGCAGAUCCAAUGCCAACAUUUUUGUUGAAUAGGGGAAAGGAGAAGCUCACUGCUAGCCCAGGGGAUUGUUUUGCCAUGAGGAGGUGGAUACCAGCUGACUACCCUCCAUUUAGCUUUAUAUAUCCUCUAUUGACAGGGAAGAGUUGUAGAAUCCUGGGGGAUAAGUUGUUUAUGGGAGAUGGUUUAAUGCCACUCUGUGAACCUGGUAGUAAUGUCCGAAAGAAUCAGGUACCGGGCUAUAUUCAACUUAGUGAUAACAAAUUGUCUGGUGAGAUCCCUCCUGAGAUUAGCAACAUGAAGAAAAUGAGUAUGAUGCAUUUGGGUGCAAAUGAAUUUUCUGGCAGGCUCCCUUCAGAGAUUGGACAACUGCACCUAGUAGUCCUUAAUGUUUCACAGAACAAAUUUUCUGGUGAAAUCCCAAAGCAGAUUGGCCAUCUUAAGUGCUUGCUAAACCUUGACCUUUCAUUUAACAAUUUUUCUGGUCCAUUCCCAGAUAGCUUCAGUAACUUGCAUGAUUUGAGCAAGUUUAACAUCUCUUACAACCAAUACAUCUAUGGAGCUGUACCAGAAACCGGGCAACUGCUUACUUUUGAUAAGUCAUCAUUUCUUGGUAAUCCACUGUUACGUCUUCCAUCCUUCAUGCACAACUCUAUGAACAACACAGAACGAAACACGAAAGACACUCACACAAAACCCAAAAAGGUGGGUGCACUUUUGGUAAUUGUGGUUCUGGUACUAGCUUUCCUAGUCUGUGGAGUCAUGUCCCUUCUUGUCUGCCUCCUAAUAAAAGUGCCAAGGGGUUCCCCCGGAAUCUUACUGGAGGAUACAGAGGGCAGACAUGAUUCUCCGUCAAGUACUAAUGCAUCCUCAUCACGGGGUUCUGAUGAUGUUAAGGUUAUUCGUUUGGACAGAACAAGCUUCACACAUUCUGAUAUACUGAAGGCCACCUGGAACUUCUCGAAUGAUAGAAUUAUCGGUAGGGGAGGAUUCGGGAUAGUCUAUCGUGGAGUCUUGCCUGAUGGAAGGGACGUAGCAGUGAAGAAGCUACAGAGGGAGGGAAUCGAAGGAGAAAGAGAGUUCAGAGCUGAAAUGGAGGCGCUCAGUGGGAAUGGCUCCGGUUGGCCUCAUCCCAACCUUGUAACUCUCUAUGGGUGGUGCCUUGAUGGAUCAGAGAAACUUCUAGUCUAUGAGUACAUGGAAGGUGGUACCUUAGAGGACUUCAUUACAGAUCGCACAAGGUUUACAUGGAAAUGCCGAAUUCAAGCAGCAAUCGAUGUAGCACGUGCUUUAGUCUACUUGCACCAUGAUUGCUACCCUUGCAUUGUCCACAGAGAUGUCAAAGCUAGCAACGUGCUUCUUGACAAGGACGGAAGAGCAAAAGUCACCGAUUUUGGCCUUGCUAGGGUCAUGAUUUCUGAACAUACUCAUGUUAGCACAAUGGUGGCAGGGACUAUUGGUUAUGUUGCACCAGAAUAUGGGCAGAUAAUGCAGGCCACUACAAAAGGAGAUGUCUACAGCUAUGGGGUGCUAGCAAUGGAGCUAGCAACUGGGAGGCAUGCUAUUGAUGGGGGCGAAGAAUGUCUAGUUGAAUGGGCGACAAGGGUCAUGGGAGACGGAAGGAAAGGGUUCACCAGAGCCAUUAUACCAGAUGCUCUAUUGGUACCUGGCCUAGUAGAGGGAGCAGAGGAAAUGUAUGAGUUGCUUAGGAUUGGGAUAAGGUGCACAGCUGAGACGCCUCAUGACCGGCCUAACAUGAAGCAGGUAUUAGAUAUGUUGAUUAGUAUUCCUAGCAGCCAAAAGGGAUCCAGCCGUAGCUUUGGAUCAAGUCGUAGCACUUCUCCAUUAUUAUGAUAGAGACUUUCUUGGAACCCAAGAGAUAAAAAUGUCAAUAGUUUCUUUACGAGAUGUGUAACAUACCUAGCAGAUUCUUCUUGUAAAACAGUUUUACUUUUUUCACAUUUGUUAGUCUAGGAAAAUGCAAGUCAAUUUUGU